AUGGCAAGUGACUCUUCCGAGUCAUCUUCCCUUGCACUUGCUGAAGACAGGCAUGAUGUCGUCCUUCUUCAAGAAACAUUGCUAAAAUCUCACAUCAACCUUACAAACUAUACUGGUUUCCAUAACUACUACCAAGCAGGGAUAAACAGAGGCUCCUCUAUCCUAGUCAGAACAGAUAUUAUGGCAAAACCCAUUGCUAUCCACCUACACUAUGGUUAUUCCAUUGAAUACCAAGGCGUCACCAUCUCCUUACAACACAAUGAAUACCACAUCUUCAAUAUCUACAGACCUCGAGAUUCUGCCAAACUUAAAAUAGAUCACAUCUUUGCCAUAGCAAAUGACUCACCUUCCAUUCUCUGUGGGGACUUCAAUGCCCAUAACCCAUUAUGGAAUAACCCUACAAAUGCUUCUACUGCCAAAACCUGCACUACCGGACAUUACCUUCAGAAUCUCCUUCAAGAAUUCUCUAAUGUCUCUCUACUAAAUUCAAAAGACACUAUACAUCUCUGUGGAGGUGUACUUGAUCUGACUUUUGUUACCUCUUCUCUACUCCCAUCGACAAAGUGGUCUUUACACCCAUUCCUGGCAUCUGACCAUUUUGCUGUGACUACCACCAUCCAAGCCUUUCGAGUGCCAGCUCCCCCUCCGAACCCCAAAUGGAUCCUUUGGAAAGGAAACUGA